CGACACAAGUGAAGUUGUGGCGAAGUCCGAUCGCCACUAGCCAGAUGAGGAAACAAGGGCCUUCCAACUCAGAGGCGCCGGCACUUCAGCUACCUCCUACAUGCACACGUACUUCACGGUACUACUCAAACACGCAACCGUCACAAUGAGCGAUCCGCUCCAAAUACCUGUCAUCGACAUCAGCUCCGCGAACCAGAGUGCGCCUUCAGAACUGCUCGAAGCCGCAUGCCGGUUUGGCUUUGUAUUCGUGGCCAACGAUAACGAAGCUGGCAUUUCACCCGAUUUAAUCAACAAGCUCUUUGGCAUUUCGCAAGACUUCUUCGCUUUGCCCAGAGAAGUGAAGGAAAAGGUUUCGAUCAGUUCGAACAAAGCGGGCAAGAAUCAUGGCUGGUUGAGUCAAGGCGUCGAAAAAUUGGAUCCUGGUGUACAGAAGAGGCCAGAUGUGAAGGAAGCAUUCAAUCUCGGUCUCCCGAAUCCAGAUGGCACUUUCGAGCAAGCACUACCUGAUCUCCUUCAAACCCACAUCCAGUCCAUAAUCGACUUCGAAGACGCGUGCUACGACCUUUGCCAGAGAAUCCUCACACACUUCGCCACUGCCCUCUCUAUACCUCAGGAUUGGUUCACUUCACGCCAUGACAUCUCAAAAGGACCAGCAGGGAGCGUUUUCCGAUUUCUGUACUAUCCCGAACAAAACGCACAGAACGACGAAGUCGACAUUCGUGCAGGAGCUCACAGCGAUUAUGGUUCCAUCACUUGUCUCUUCCAAUUACCCGGUCAACCCGGCCUUGAGAUCAAGACUCCCAGUGGAGCCUGGGCGCCAGUCCCCGUCAACCCAUUAGGCAAAGAAGGACCUUUGCCAAUCUUGGUCAACAUUGGUGAUCUGCUGGAAGACUGGACUGGCGGGUUGCUCAAGUCAACUGUCCACCGAGUGGUAUUUCCAAAGGAGAGAGCGGGUGACCGAUACUCUAUGGCGUAUUUCUGUCAUCCGCUCGACGAGGCUUUGCUGGAACCAGUUCCAAGCAAACUGGUCGAACAGCACGCAAAUCGCGAAGGCAGGAGAAACGGCAAAGAGGGGCUCACAGCAAAGGACCACUUGAUGGAGAGACUGGCGGCAACAUACAAGGUGAAUUAGAAGAGACCUGGUUUCAUUCAUGACGAGUUUUAUGUAUCCUAUACUCCAUCCAGACCGCUGAAGUGAAGCAAAAAAACAUCAAGGUUUUGUCACACGUCCCCGCCAAAUGCAAUGACAUGCCCAAGGGUCGUGAGAAGUUUAUCGUAAGUCGGAGA